CUGUCAGAAUUGGGAAUAGUUCCGUUAUGUCGGUCCUCGGGUAAGGUUGUGCGAAUUGUUUUCGUAACAAAGUGAAUUAUUUGUGUGAAAUGGAAUAUUGUGCGCUAGGAUUAAAAUAAUUUAUAUUUCUAAAAUCAGUGUUAGUUUAAACAACAGUGCAGUUUAUGAGUGAGAGUGAUUUCAGUAGAUUCCUAUUGAGGCUAUGAGGAGAUAGCGUAUACUCUUGACAAAGUGACCAACAAUCUACAGCGAGGAUGACGUUGAACGUGACAAGCAAAGACUCCAGUUCAAGUGCCGCCUCCACGUCACUGAUGACUGGGGGCGGAGGCAGCAGCACUGUGCCCACCCCGGGGGCGGUUGCGUCGAGCAGCGAACCCCUCUGGUCUACGGUGGGGCCUGUGGCGGACCCCAUUUUUCUGCAGACCAAGAUGGCGCAGUGUAUUGCCGGUGCUUUCGUGUGGGUGGCGCUGUUCCUCACUUGUCAACAGAUCUACAAACACCUGAGAUGGUACACAAAUCCUUCGGAGCAGAGGUGGAUCAUUCGAAUUCUAUUUAUAGUUCCAAUCUAUGGCCUCCACUCGUGGGUCAGCCUUCUAUUUUUCAAUAGUGAAAACUAUUAUGUCUACUUCUUCACUGUCAGAGACUGUUAUGAAGCUUUUGUGAUCUACAACUUCUUAAGUUUGUGCUACGAGUACUUAGGAGGGGAAGGAAAUAUUAUGAGUGAAAUUCGUGGUAAACCAAUAAGGUCUAAUUGCAUCUACGGAUCAUGCUGUCUUGUGGGCAAAACAUACACAAUAGGCUUCCUAAGGUUUUGCAAACAGGCCACUCUGCAGUUCUGCCUCGUUAAACCUCUGAUGGCAUUUGUCAUCAUUUUCCUGCAGUCAUUUGGACAUUAUCAUGAUGGUGAUUGGAGGGUGGAUGGUGGCUACCUUUAUGUGACGAUAAUCUACAACAUCUCGGUGAGUUUGGCUCUGUACGGAUUGUACCUGUUCUAUUUCGCCACAAGAGAUCUGCUUACGCCAUUCCAGCCAGUCUUGAAGUUCUGCACAAUUAAGGCUGUCAUUUUCUUGUCUUUCUGGCAAGGGGUUCUACUAGCCAUGCUGGAGCACGCGAAGAUCAUCGACCCGAUAGUGGACGCGAGCGGUCGCGCGGUCAGCACCGCGGGUACAGUGUCUGCCGGCUACCAGAACUUCCUCAUCUGUCUGGAGAUGCUGUUCGCCGCCCUGGCGUUGAGAGCCGCCUUUCCUUACCGCGUCUACGCCUCGGGGUGCAUCACCGACGCGUCCGGCCGCAGUGUCACCAUGCAGAGCAUAUCUAGCAGUCUCAAGGAAACUAUGAAUCCCAAGGACAUAAUGACUGAUGCUAUCCACAAUUUCCAUCCUCAGUACCAGCAGUAUACUCAAUACAGCUCAGGUGGUUCGCAUUCUCAGCGCGGGGGGCGCUUAAAGAGCUACGACCCCGACGACCCUCCCUCGUCCCGCACCCCCGCGCCCAACCCCCCCAGCAGCCAGAAGGUGGCCACCAUAAGCACCAGCUACAACGAGAAAACCAUGCUACUGAGCUCGGAUGAUGAGUUCCAGUAAAUCCUGCCACUCUCAUACCUAACCAACCUCCUAUACUAUAGUCAGAUUCACGUUAUAAAGUCAGCCACAUUCCACGUUCUGAGAGAACAAAUCAUAGGCAUAAAUAUUGAAUUAUCUUAAUUUUCAUGAUUAUUGUAUGAAUUCUACUGUUAUGAUCAUCAUAACGCAAUGAUCAAUUGAAUUUCUUUGAUGGAGGUUGAUCGAACUAUUCAAUUGAAUAAUUGACCGAGCAAAGAGAGGUCUAAGAUUCAAGUCGACGGUUUGGCAUUUCUCUUUAUGUUUAUAUGUUGCGCAUUUACGGCGAAACGCGGUAAUAGAUUUUCAUGCCAUUUGACAGGUACUAUGUUCCUUUUUAAAUUGCGCGUCGACGUAUAUACAAGGUUUUUGGAAAUACCUUUCGCAUUUCAAGGAUAAUAUAAAAGGAAAAAGGAGCCUCCUUCAUACGCCAAUAUUGGAGGAAAAAUCAGACUAUAGAAUUAUUCAUAAUAAAUCAGCUGUUCACAGAACUACUAGUAAUAUUGAGGUUAACUAUUUCGUUGAAUACGAAAUAAUAUGAGAUGUUGUCGUAUUUCUCCAUAAUUGAAAGAAUAAGAUGCUGAUGUUGACAAUACCUUAUUUGUUCAAACUGUUCCUAAAACAAUAACAAUCAACAUCAGUUCAGCUGAAGAUGUGACAUGUGUUGCCAUGAAACCUGGCUCUGUGAUUUAUUUUGAACAAAAGAGUUUGAACAAGUGUUAUUGGCAGCAUCAACGUAUUAUUCUUGCAGUUCUAUUUUGAUAGAAUAAUAUAGAACUAUUCUACAAAACACCUUUCUACAAAUUUAUAACAAACUAUUCUACACGAACUUCAAACUCAACUACCGCCACUAAGAAGAAAAUUAACAUUGGUAUUCUAUCCUCCUCUGUCAUAUGACAAAGCAGAUAGCUCUUUCGUUCUUCAACUCCGCACUGUUUCCAGAUCGUUUGUUAGCUAUCAAAAAAUAUAAGUAAAGUAAUAUAUAAUGAGGUCCACCUUAUAAUUAUUACAAUAUUUGAUUAACAAUGGUGUUGCUAUCCUUGUCUGUCACCAGACAAAGCAGAUAUAGCUCUAUCCUCUUCCAACUCCGCACAGUUACCAAAUCUGGCUAUUGUUAGCUAUUAAGGAGUAUGAUUAAUUACACAUAUAAUGAGGUCCAAGUUAUGAUGACAGUAUUUGAUUAACUUUGAUGUUGCUAUCCUUGUCUACCAUUCGACAAAGGAGAUAGCGAUAUCCUUUUUCAGUUCCGCAGCGUUAGCAGAUCUUUUUUUAACAAUGUACAAAUAUAAAUUAAUUAUCAAAAUAUUCAAUCUAAUCAUAAAAAUGUAUUUUUUAUUCAUUGAAUAAAAUAUUUUCUUGGCGAAUAAAAUGCAAUUUAUUAUUUUGAACAAGAAGGAACGGUUGAUAUUCCAUCAGAUGUACCGGUUUCUGUUAUCCUCUAUAGAAAACAGUGGGAAGGUGGAGAAUCGACUGUAGAGAAUAUUCUGAUAGUUCAUUAGUCCAUCUCAGUAGUCCAGAAUAUUUCAUUAAACUUAUAUAAUUUAUUAAGAUUAGAUAUGUUUCCUUGAUGAAUAAAAUAUAUCUGAGAUAGAAUUGAUUAUCAUUAUCUAACAAGAAUCAACAAUAAAUUACAGUAAUAUCAUUUCAGAUUUACUACUGGUAUGACUAGAAUCACAGACUAUCUACUAAAAAAGGCGGUGGACACAGAGAAUCGGCAACAGUGUAUCCCUAUCAUUUCCACUGAGUUUAUAGCGUGAAUCUCACUAUAAAUGUUUAUACCAAUACCUACCCAAAGAUAUUUAUGAAUUAUAGUGCAAUUUAUUUAGGAAAUAUGUAUUUUUUGUAAGACGUGUACAUAGGUAUAUUCGCUGUUGUACUGGAUAGGUUUCAAGCGUUAAGAGGUUAAAUUAGUAAAUUAAACGAAUAAUUUAAAGCGGUAUUGACAACAUCAACGUCUUAUUCUUUCAACGUUAAGAGGUUGUUAAUAUUUUGGUUCGAAAUUUACCAUGAUAUUUCAAGCAUUUAGAAUUUUGUUCCAAAUUUGUCAUAUUAUUUCAAGAAUUGAAAGAUGUUUUUAAAAUGUUGGCUCCAAAUGUUCCAUGAUCUUUCAAACAUUGUGAUGUUUUUAGAAUUUUGUUCCAAAUUUGUCAUAUAAUUUCAAGAAUUGAAAGAUGUUUUUAAAAUGUUGGCUACAAAUGUUUCAUAAUCUUUCAAGCAUUGUGAUGUUUAUAGAAUUGUUUUCCAAAUUUGUCAUAUUAUUCCAAGAAUUGAAAGAUGUUUUUAAAAUGGUGGCUCCAAAUGUUCCAUGAUCUUUCAAGCAUUGAGAUGUUUUUAAAAUGUUGGUUCCAAAAUUUUCAUGAUCUGAAAUUGUUUACUUGUUUGUAGGAUACGAGAUACGAUUGAAAUGAAAUACAUAUUGAUUCAUUGAGCCAAUCACACACAGUUUACGGAAGUGAUUGAUAAAUGGACAACAGACAGAGCCCAAAACCAUCCCUCCCCUGCUCCCUUAAAUUCUGAUACUUAAACUGGUUCAAAAAGUGUAGCUUAUGUUUCUCUCGUUCAAUAAAUUUGUCUCAAAAAUUUCAGUUAAAUUACAUUAUUAAUUCAUACACCAAAUAAUCGAAAGGUACGGUAACAAUUCCUUAUUGAAUAAGACAUUAGAUAAUGAAAUAUUAUGGAUACAUUUUUCAUACAUUAGAUACAUUCAUUCAUCAUCUUUUCCAUUACCAGUAGAUGCCUAGUUUUUGUAUUUACUUCAUUACUAUAAAUCAUUCAAAAAAGGGGUGUUUUUGAAGGUUUUUCAUUGAUGGAAAGAAUGAGAGAUUGCAUUUGUUCAAAUACUAAUAAAUUAUUAUUAUACUCAAUUACUUUUGAAUUAAAAAUGUGUAAAUUUUUACUAAAUGAUUGAAACCUAUCCAUAUAAAACAGUUUAUCGAUUCAACUCUAUGAAAAGUUAUAGCUGUAUUUUAGUUGUUACAAAUUAUUAUAGCGUUACUACUGUACAAUAUGUAAAAAUGCCUGUUCAAAGAUCUAAUCGAUAUUUUUGGAUGUAAUCCCUCCUACUUACAAUAGAAAAUGGAAUUAUUUGAACAUAAAACAUUUAUAAUAGCCUACUAAAAUUUUAACUCCUAUUUCUGGUAAUUUAAAUGCAUACUAUUGGACCAUUUGAAAAAGUUAACAAAUCAUACAAUUUUUUAGACCAUGUAUGGUUUUAUUCCAACUAUUCUACUACUUAUAGAGGCUUGAUUCUUUGUCAGUACCUAUGAAUACCUACAUUACGAUUUUUGAAAACUGUUGUCGCAUUUUAUUUAUUACAAACUAUUUUAUUAGAUUUGAUACCUAUUUUUUCAGUGAAUGUUGUGUUUUAUUUUGUCUCUCUAUUUUUAGAGUUUAUUUUUUAUGCUCAUUUUAUAUUAUUUAAAUUAUUGUGUAUUGUCGGACUUCUCUGUUGAAUCUAAACUUUAACUUUUUCACGUUUCUCAGUUAUUUUAAUAUUAUUUCUCAACUCAUUACAAGUACUUAAGAUGAGUAUCGUAUAUAAUACAAUCAUCUUUUUCCAAUUAUCAUUUUGUGUUCAACACUAUCUCAAUGGUAAUUUUUAUCAGAUCUUCAUAUUUGUGUAGUUCAACUACCACCUACCUAUAAGUUCCUAUUUUCCUCAGUUAUUUUCAAAUAAUUACUCCCAUAAUUCUUAAUUGUUAUGAUAGUUUGUUUACUGUAAUAAUUAAUGGCCUAAUUGUUUAGAUCUUUAGUAAGUUCUUUAUUCAAAUCGAUCAAUUUCGUGUGAAACUUAUAUUAUUCAAGAUUGAGCGUCGAUUCUGCUGAUGAUUUUGCUUACUUAUCGUUGAUCAUGGCUAUUAUAUUAGAAAGUUAUGUAAGUUAGUUUUCAUAUUUUUUGAUUCAUAGAAAUAUGAAUCCAAGAUAACUCAUCAUCAAUUCAUUACAUAGAAUUAUAAUCAUAUUGUUCUCUCAGUUAAACAUUUUCGAUUUUUUAUAUUUCAAUUUGAUAAAAUAAUUUGGCUUGCGCAAUCACACCAUUCUAUUACAUGAAUUGUAUUUUUCUAAAUCAUUUGUAGAACUUAAUGAGAGCUGUGUAUUAUGAUGUUGAAACAUAUUCUCAAUAAUUCGAAAUUCAAUAAAUGAAUGUGAAACAUUUUUUAAUUGAUUCAAGAGAAAUUAAUUGGUGAAAAAGAGUCAAUUUUAAAGUCUCUUAUUGGUACAUGGUAAUGAGAUGAAUAAGUAUAAAAUCAUUUGUUUCAGGAAGAACUUUCAGGAAUUGUAUGGGAUCUUCAUUCAAUUUUUGAAGGACUGCUAAAUUCUGUUCCAUCUGGUAGUAACUCAUAAUUGUACUGGAUAGAGUACAGUGGUUGUAAAUGCAAUAACAUUUCAGAAAAUAUUCAAUUUUUCCAGAACCUUUGAAAAAUUGGAACCCCUCAUUAUAGAAGUUGCAGAAUCUUGAAAAUAAGGCGAAGGAAUGUCAUUUAUAGGCUUGAACUUUGAAGUUGUUCACCUCAAAUUAUUUUUAAAAUUACUAAGGAUUCAAACUCAACUCAUGCUAAGAAUGAUUCAUUAUGCUAUAAUCCGAGUAUUCCUAUAAUGUUUAAUGCAAAAAUAAAACUCAAUCCAAUCUGAGAUAAGUUUAUCUUUUCUUAAAACAUAGUCCAAUUCUUUAUUAGCCUAAUCGUACGUAGAUUCGUUACUUUUCCAUAAUACUUUGUUAUAGGUACUUCACUUUCUCAAUUCUUUAAUUAUUGUUAUUAUUACUCUGAAAUCUACUAUUGCUAAUUCCAGAUUUUCAAAGUUGGAAGCUAAAACUCCUAUAGAUUUAGUACUAGCCUAUCCUAUUUUCAAAUGACUUGUGAGAUUUCUCCAAACCACCCCAGGGCUAUUUAAAAGAUGAGCUACCAUAUUCAAGUACCGUACUUCCAUUGAAUAUUAUGCUUCCAAGCCAUGCAAAUAACUGCACACUGCAUAAAACGCACAAAUUCAAUAAUUGUCAUCUCAGUAAGAUUUCAUUUAAAAUAAGAUGGCUUUCAAUUUUCUAAAGUCAUACUUGAAACUCCCUCCAACAUAAUUUACAAUCAUUUUACAUAGACAAGAAAGGCUGAAUCUGGGUUUUCUAUCGUUAAAAUGAAUAUGACUAGUGAAAAUGAGAUGGAUAAAGAUAAAAAUUAGGUAUAUUCAGUUCAUUUACAUAUUUCAGUUUGAGCCUUUCAAAUACCGUAUCUAUGUUUUUUUGACUGUAGAGAACAGAGUUUUGGAUAUUUGAAAAAACUGCAAAAAUGACUAACUUGUUAAUAGUCAUGUAGAUGUAGGCCAACGUUAGCAAACAGACUAACUUUGAAUGUCUACUGACUUUGGACCAUUUCAAAUAUUCAAUAUCUUUAGCUAAUUAUAGCCUGUCAAACGAAUAAUGAUUGAAUCAUCACAUAUGUUCUGUUUUCCCAUUUCUAACACUGUAAAUUCUGAUCUCUAUUUCCAUUGACUUCGACUUAUCAGAGAAUGCUUUAAUGAGUGUGAUAGAUUUUGGAAUUGGAUACCCUUCAACUGUAUGUCUGAAUAAUAAUUAUUGUAAAACUUAUCUUAUGAGUGUGUAAAGCUUCCUUGAAUUAACGAACCUUAAUCAAAAAUGUUGUCUGUUGUUGAAUGGAUUUUGUUUUGUUGUUAUUGUAUUUAGUUGAUAACUAAGAGUAUCAUAGAAGUUAUUUGUUUCAUUCUAUUCGAUAUUGUUGAUUUUUUACUUGAAGGUACAAUUUUAAUGUAAUAAAAAGACAUAUUUGGUUUUUGAUAAAA